UAGCCGCCGGCGACAAUGCAAGGAAGAGGCGGAUAUCAUCACGGAUUCGACGGACCGAAGCGCUAUCGUCGAGAUGAUAAUGCGGACCCAACAAAUCCAAAUCCAUCGAUAGUGGUCCACGUUCGAAAUCUUCAUCAAAAAGUAACCGAGGCCGAUCUUCUCGAAGCUCUCAGUAAUUUUGGACCAGUUGCAUAUGCAACAUGCAUACCGCAUUCUCGAAUGGCUCUUGUUGAGUUUGAGGAUAUUGAAGGAGCGAAAGCAUGCGUUAAUUUCGCCACAUCAAACCAAAUCAACGUCGGUGGGCAGGGUGCUCUAUUCAAUUACUCAACAUCUCAAUGUAUCGAGCGAAUGGGAUUCGAGUCAGCAACUCCAAACAAAGUCUUGGUUGUAACAGUUCUAAAUGCUCAAUAUCCCAUCGAUGCCGAUGUCAUCUACCAGAUUUCUAAUGCACAAGGAAAGGUGCUUCGUGUUGCUGUAAUGCACAAGCCAACUGUAGUUCAAGCCUUAGUUGAAUUUGAAAGCAUGGAAGUUGCGAAAGCAGCGAAACACGCAAUGAAUGGAGCUGAUAUCUAUUCUGGUUGUUGUACUCUUAAAGUUGAAUUUGCCAAGCCGGAUCGAGUUCGUGUUCAACGUCAGGACAAAGAUCAACGAGACUUCACUCUUCCAGAUAACGAAUCAUUCCAAGAUACCGGACGAAAGACAUUGAUUCCUGCAAAACCGGACGAUCACUAUAGACGUCCAUAUGAAGACGAUCGGAAUCAUUACGAUCGUCAUGACUAUCAAGCUCCAUCUUCAUAUGGAUAUUCUUCACGCGGAGGAGGUCAUUCAGACUAUUACGGUGGUGAUCGUGGAGGACCACCACAUCCACCACCGUCUCGUUAUCGUGAUGACUAUGAAGACAGAGGAUAUGCUCAGCCGGCGGGUGGAGGUCCAGGAUGUGUGAUGAUGAUCUAUGGUCUCGAACACGGAAAGAUCAAUUGUGACAUGCUAUUCAAUAUUCUUUGUCAAUAUGGAAACGUCCUCCGGAUCAGCUUCAUGCGCACAAAAACUGAAACUGGAAUAAUUGAAUUGGGAACUCCAGAAGAGCGACAAAAUGUUCUUGAUUUCUUGCAAGGAUCAGCAUUGUUUGGGCUAACAUUGGAAUUCAAACCAAGUCAUCAAGAAUGUGUUCAUCAUCUUCGUGAUCCAUUCCUUCUUCCCGAUGGUUCACCAUCUUUCAAGGACUACUCUUCAUCUCGAAAUCAGAGAUUUUCCACUCCUGAGCUCGCUGCCAAGAAUCGUAUCAUUUUCCCAACAAAUACACUUCAUUGGUUCAAUGCUCCUGGAACUAUGGAUGAACAAGCUCUGCUCGAUUUGAUGGCUGAAAAAACUGAGCACAAACCAGUAAAAAUCGACAUCUUCCCAUCAAGAAAUGAACGAUCAGCCGCCGGAACUGCUGAAUUUGAAACUGUCGAGAUUGCUAACGAAGUUCUGGCUCUUGUUAAUCAUACUCCAGUGAAUAGUCCAUAUGGAAGUGCUCCAUUCAUUGUAAAAUGGGCAUACGCUACUCCUCGCCGAUGGGAUGGUAGUGGCGGUGAACCGCCCCGAUAUGAAGAAGGUGGAGAUGGAGAGAGAAAAGAAGGAUUCAUUCAGCCUGCACAUAGACCAUCUCCGUCAUUCCGUGGACGUGGUCGAGGCUAUGGUGAUUCAGGUUUCCGUCGAGAGUCAUACCGAGGUGGAUUGCAUGGAAGUGAUCGUUAUGGGCCAUAUCCACCACGAGGCGGUGGAUUCAGAGGAGGAAGAGGCAGAGGUCGUUUUGAUGGAUAUUGAUAUUCAUUACUCGAUUAGAAUAGCCAAAUUUCAAUUUUAAACAAACGUUUUCAUAAUAUGCCACUCAUUUUCCUUUUUUUUUAUUUGCCUCACCGAACGGUAGUAAAUUGUU